AUGCCGAAGCCACGCUCCAAGCGACAGGCUAUCCGCGAAGAACGAAAGCAGAAACGGCAGGAGAAUGAAUCUGCUGCUGGUACCGCUGGUGAAGACUCGGCCAGGUCCAACAAGAGACAGAGAUUGAACGACGAGGAGGGCGACAACGAGAAUGACAACGAGAACCCCAAUGCCACCGGUGACCAAGCCCUGACGGCCGAGUAUGGCUACGAACAGUCCCUGUCUACCGGUCCCGCCCAAGCCGAACGAGAAUUCUUUGGCAUGCUAUCCGAGCAAGAACAAGAGUAUUUCCGUUCUGUGGACGAACAACUCGACAUUGAUGAUUUCCCAUCACAAGAGGAACGCCAGCUGUACUUGGCUGGUGUCUUCGCAGAGGCCGAAGGCAAGGAGCUCAAGCUGGCCUGCAGUCAAUCAUGUUCGAGACUGAUGGAACGCCUGAUCCUCAUGUCGAAUACAAGGCAAAAGAAGAAGCUGUUCGAGCAGUUUGCGACUCACUUCCUGAACCUCAUACAGCACCGUUUCGCAAGUCACUGCUGCGAGACCCUGUUCCUGCAAUCAGCUCCUGUUGUCACGCGAGAGCUGGGAGGGGAACGGGACGACAUGCCGACCGAUGGAGAAGACCCGGACCAGAGAGCACUGCCAUCCAUGGAAGAGUUGUUUCUGCUAACACUGGAUGAACUCGAGGGCCAGCUCAGCUACUUGCUUACCGACAAGUUCGCCUCCCACACCUUGCGCGUGCUGUUGAUGAUCCUAGCAGGCCGGCCGUUGGAACAGUCGCAGACGAAAUCCCUGAUCCAUAGCAAGAGGAAAGAGAAGAUAUCUGCUCCUUGGACAUUCAACGAUUCUGCUGAGUCCAAAAGCGAGCUUCGUGCUGUGCCCAGCUCUUUCGGUCUGGCGACUAAGAAGAUCAUUGCUGACUCAAUAUCGGGAAUGAGCCUCACAGAGUUGCGUGUCCUGGCGACACAUCCUACUGGAAACCCAGUUCUCCAGCUACUACUAGAGCUUGACAUCACAAUGUCAUCCAAGUCGGGAGAUGAGCCGGGGGACAUGACACUCUUGUGGCGUCUCCUACCUGAUGCCCCUGCAUCCCUCAUGGAUGCCACCACACCAGCGGCUGACUUUGUCAACUCCAUGAUGUAUGAUGUCAUCGGCUCUCGACUUCUAGAGACGCUCAUCACACAUAGCCCCGGCAAACUGUUCAAGGGGCUGUACAAACAUAUUAUCGGACCUAGAAUUCACAGCCUUCUACGCAACGACAUCGCAUCCUACCCCGCCAUAUGUGUCCUCAAUCGACUCAGCAAAGAAGACUUGGUGGCUGCCGUCGAGAAGACCUUACCCGAGCUUGAUAAAUUGGUCACGUUGUCAAGAUUCAACGUGAUCAAGACGCUGUUCGAACGCUGUCAGGUUCGCCAGGCCACCUCUGAGGUGGCAGCUCUCACAAAGGCCCUCAUUGAGGCUUGUGGCUCUGAUUCCAAGGCUCUCGUCCCUAGACUUUGUCUACCACCACAGCCAGAAGGUCAAGAUGGAAAGGGGCAUGAUCCAUCGUCGAAGAACCGUUCCGCCUUGGUUUCGCACGGAUCCCAGCUAGUUACAACAUUGCUGGCUAUGCCUGGAACACCGUGCAAAGCCAUCCAGACGUCAUUGUCUGCUCUGACAGCAGAACAAAUCCUAGAGCUUGCGACAUCGUCCGCUCCAACCUCGCACGUCCUGGUUGAUGCCCUCUCUACCCCAUCGCAGAACAAGAUAUUCCACAAAGCACUGGUAGCCGUCCUGCGGCCUCACACUAUGGCCCUAGCCAUGUCUGCUCAUGGUAACAAGGUCUUGAACUCAGUCAUCUCUGCGCCAUCAAAGAGUGACGGCAUAACUAUUCCCUUCCACUUAAAAGAGUUAAUCAUAUCACAACUAGGUGAGCAUGAGUCAGAACUGCGAGAGUCCUUUGAGGGACGCCGGGUAUGGCGAUCCUGGCAAGGGGAUUUGUGGAGGAACCGAAGAACAGAAUGGAUUGCCUGGGCCAAGGAAGUCGACUCUGCACCAGAACCAGUGGUGUCAGGGCGACAACCGAAAGCCAACGGCCUCCGUCACGGAAAUGUCAACAGCAUAAAAAUCCAAGGGAGGGACAAUUUUGGUAGUAACGCCCCUGUGAAGAAGAGGAAGAGAGAUGCUGAGAUUGCGUCUUAG